UCGACCACGACAACCUGUCCUGACCUGCUCAACACGUCGAGUGCCUGAUUUACGACCCACCAGCGGCAGUCCACUCAUCUCUUGUACUUUCUUCGCAUCCGCGCCCCUCCGGAGCCCGUCGCAAUCCUAUGUUAUCGACCCCUGCGCCACCCGCGGGCAGCCGUUCCAUCGCAGCGAACGCUCUACGGAAAGCAGGCCUCAUGGAUUCGGAUACUCGCAUGCGCGACGCCACUGAUAAGCCUGGCGGGCGCAAAGGUCACCAGAAGACAUCUCAGCACAAGGUUCGAAGUUCCCUACGCCCAGGUCGAGCCGACGUGCUCCUCGGCAGAGAUCCAUCGAGUUCGACGAGCCGCAGUCCUAUGGUCCAUGCUCGUAUAGCUGCCGCAAAUGCCAAUGGCGAUGGUCUGUCAAUACGAGGUGCUUCGAAGGGUUCGACAGGGGGACGUGUUCGCAGGAAUGCUAUUUCUUUGAAUGGGGGCAACCGCACUGGCGCCCAAGUCAUCGAGCUUUGGAGAGAGUUCGUGAAGCGACGCUGGGAUGCCAAAGCACGCUUUUUGAACCUCGAGAGGACGGGGGAAGACGAAUUUAUCUUCAAGAACCAGCUCACUCCUCCAGGAGCACCUGGCUCGGGAAGAGAGUUGGCCGUUAUAUUCAAACUAGCAAAGGAUCUUAAGCCUGAGGUCCAAACAAUAUCAUUGGCCCAUAAUGGCAUUCAGACAGGUCUUCUCCUGUCUACAUUGUCGCAUUAUCUUCCACGCCUGGCCAAUCUCUCUUUGGAAGGCAAUCAACUGAAAAUGUGGAAAGACCUGGAUUACAUUGCGGGCAAGAAGGGCAAGCUCGAACAACUUCGGGAGCUGAUCCUCAAGGGCAAUCCUAUUCGGGAGCUAGAGUAUCAGAACAACCGAGCGGAAAAGUACAAGAGCGAGGUCGCUCGCCGAUUUCCUUCGCUGGAGAUGCUCGAUCAAGAAGCUAUAGUGAAGAUUUCCUUCGACAUACCACAAGCCUCUACUUCGUCUGUGCAUGUUAAUCGACCAGCGGCGACGACAUUCCCGAGUGAGAUGAUGCCGUCGUUCGUCACAGGAGUCGAUGGUACCCUCAUUAGCAACUUCCUUAUGCGCUUCUUCCCGUUGUUCGACAAUCAACGAUCCGCGCUCAUAGAUGCAUACGAUUCCAACGCCACCUUUUCGUUUUCUGCCAACACUGCAAUUCCCACCCGCGCUCGGAUAGAAGGCUUCCACCACUCAAAGGAGAUGCCUAAUCAGAGGAAGCUCGAAUGGGCUCCCUGGUUAAAUGGGGGCAAAGGUGGAUCCCGCAAUCUCAGCCGUAUGGCUGGAGGCGGCGACAAACUGGUGAAGACGCUUCAUGUCGGUGGCGAGGAGGCCGUCAAGGCCAUGGUGGAAUUGCCGAGCACCAAACACGACGUAAGCAGCUCGCCAGAGAAGUUCUGCAUAGACGCUUGGCCUAUCAGCCAUGCUGGUGGCACCGCUCUCUUCAUGACUCUGCAUGGCCAAUUCACCGAAUUACCGUCAGAAGGUAUCCGAUCAUUUGAUCGUUCUUUCAUUCUUGCCCCGGCACCAGAAGGCUCUCGUGCCAAGCUGGCAGGUUGGGAUGUGGUUAUUCUGUCAGACAUGCUGGUUGUACGAGCGUACUCUAGUCACGAAGCCUGGCGCCCGGGUCCUCUGCGGGUGCAGGCGGGCGAAGCUCCUUCCACGUCUACGUCUACGGCUGCACCACAAGUUUUGCCUACACAGGUACCCCCACACGUUCAAGAUGCUCUGUCACGGAUACCCGAGCCGCAACGAUCACUUGUUCUGCAAGUAUGUCAACGGACGGGCCUUAACGUGGAGUUCUCGGUUCAGUGCCUUGAGGGCAAUGGUUGGGAUCUUGAUCGAGCGAUUACAAACUUCGAGCAAGUCAAGGGUACCCUGUCUCGAGAUGCCUUCCUCUGAUGCCAUCUGUACCACAUUUCUUCUUUCUGUGAAGCUAGCCAACAGGACGGCAGCUUGUAUAUUGUUGUUUUAUUCUGCUCCGCAUACUACCAAUGCAGCCACCCAAUCACACCGCAUCCAGCAUUCUUUCACCUCAGUUCUAAUCCGCAUAUCGAACAAUUAUCUUCUUAUAUCGCACUGUCCGUUCCAUGCUUUGUGUAGCCCAUAUGUAUGAGCAUUCU